CCCCCCCCCCCCCCCCCCCCUACCUCUCUCUCUGCUCCUCCUCUGUUUCAGUUUCAGUAUCGACCUCCUUCACGCAGCAUCUCUGCUCUCCACCCCUCCCUCCUCCUCCUCUCCUUCCUCCUCCUCCUCCUAUCCUCCGCCUCUGAGCCGAGGAGCCAGCACCGCUUCCCGUGCAGGUGGAUGGAGGCUGGAAGCCCCGGAGACGCGAGCCAUGCGCGGGAGCAGCUGCUGUCAGACCGCUGAGCGCCGGGGACCACAUCCUUUAAAUCCUUAAAUGACCCGCGGCUGAGGGAAGAGAAAGGUGGUGGUGGUGGGGGGGGGGGGUGUCUCCGGAGCCAGCACCCGGAUCAUGGCAUGCUGCCCACCCCGGGCAUCCAGCAUGACAAUGGGGCUCCGGUCCAGGACCGUCGCUAGCGGCUCGGAGGAGCAGAAGAAGGGCUCCGGCGGCGGGGGGGACUUGUUGGACCAGGGCGGGGGCGCGGACCGGGAUGGCGCGCUGCUGCUGGCCACGCCGGCGGCUUCGGGUCGGGACGGCUUCAAGCGGGGAUCCCAGGGCAUCGGGAUCGGACUGCUGGCCAAGACCCCCCUGAACUACAGCCGGCCGGCCAAGAGGAAUAACAUCCGGCGGAGGAGGAUCCAGAACCUGCUGUACGACGCGCUGGAGAGGCCGAGGGGGUGGGCGCUGCUCUACCACGCGUUCGUGUUUCUAAUCGUUCUGGGAUGUUUGAUUCUCGCCAUUCUGACGACAUUCAGGGAACACGAGAAGGUGUCGGCACACUGGCUGGUCAUACUGGAAACCUUCGCCAUCUUCAUAUUCGGAGCAGAGUUUGCACUGAGGGUCUGGGCGGCGGGAUGUUGCUGUCGCUACAAAGGAUGGAGGGGGAGGCUCAAGUUCGCCCGCAAACCGCUCUGUAUUCUAGACAUCUUCGUGCUGAUUGCCUCGGUGCCGGUGGUGGCGGUGCGUAACCAGGGCAACGUGUUGGCCACGUCCCUGCGCAGCCUGCGCUUCCUGCAGAUCCUGCGGAUGCUGCGCAUGGACCGGAGGGGGGGGACCUGGAAACUGCUGGGGUCGGCCAUCUACGCUCACAGUAAGGAGCUGAUCACAGCCUGGUACAUCGGCUUCCUGUCUCUCAUACUGGCGUCCUUCCUGGUCUACCUGGUGGAGAAGGACGACGUCUCCAUGGACGUGUCCAACCACGACAACCCCACCGCUCAGCCCAAAGCGCAGGACUUCGACACUUACGCCGACGCGCUGUGGUGGGGGCUGAUCACGCUGACCACCAUCGGUUACGGGGACAAAACCCCAAAGACCUGGGCUGGGAGACUGUUAGCCGGCACUUUUGCUCUGAUCGGAGUGUCCUUCUUUGCUUUGCCUGCAGGGAUUCUGGGCUCAGGCUUGGCUCUCAAGGUCCAGGAGCAGCACCGACAGAAGCACUUUGAGAAGCGCCGCCAUCCGGCCGCCGGGCUCAUCCAGUCCGCCUGGCGAUAUUAUUCCACCAAUCCAAUCAGGGAAGACCUCAUAGCCACGUGGAGGUUUUAUGAAACCAUCAUCUCUCUCCCCUGUUUCAGGAAGGAGCAGUUGGAGGCCAUGGCGAGCCAAAAACUGAGUUUACUGGAGCGUGUUCGGCUGCAGAACGCGCGGCCGUCGGUCGGGACGGGCCGGAGGCUCACGGGUCACGCCGACUCCAUCGAGGAAAGUCCCUCCAAGGAGCCCAAACCUGCCGGGUUCAGCAACCGGGAACGCUUCCGCACGGCCUUCCGCAUGAAGGCCUACACGCUCCGCCAGAGCUCUGAAGAUUCUGGAGCCCUGGGAGAACCAGCCUUAGAGGACCGGGGCUUCCCUGCAGACAUCCUCCUGGAGGAGAUGAUCCCCACACUGAAGCUGGUCAUCAGGGCAGUCAGGAUCAUGCAAUUCCUCCUGAACAAGAAGCGGUUUAAGGAAACUCUGAGGCCUUACGAUGUCAAAGAUCGGACGACAGUACUCUGCCGGACCAUGAUCGACAUGAUUCUGGCCCCUGGACCCCCCCUCACCCCCAAACAGAAGAAACGCAUGAAAGCUUUUACUACCGCCCAGUCAGUGCCCAUGUCCCUGUGUUGCAGGAGUGAGACCUACCUAGCCAAAGCUGCCUCCAUGCCCGACACCGAAGACCAAAGCAUGAUGGGUAGAUUUGUCCGGGUGGAGAGACAGGUGGAGGACAUGGAGAAGAAGUUGGACUUCCUGGUGGACAUGCACAUUCAGCACACGGAGCACCUGCAGGUGGACUCCGCCGGCGCCGCCCGCAUGACCCUGGAGACCUGCGGCGCCGCGCCCAACGGCGAGGUCCGCCGCGUUUUCCUCAACUACGCAGAGGCGUUCCCGCACAUGGCGUACCAGGUGCCCGUCGGGGGGGGGCGAGGACCGAGCGCCGAGGGGGUCCGGUUGGCCGGCGGCCGCGGACCUUCAGACCGUCACGCCCCGCCGACCUCGCAGCUCCACCAGCGCCGCCCGACGGCCGCCGUCCCCACGUACGCGGCGCCCACGGUGUUGCCCAUCAGCUCGCUGCAGGACUUGUCGGCGGGGCCGGGCAGGACCACGGGGGGGGGGGGGGGGGGGGGCGACUCGCCGCUCUCCCUGCUGUCGGUGAACCACGAGGAGCUGGAGCGCUCGCUGAGCGGGUUCAGCAUCUCCGUGGAGCGCGAGGAGGGCGGGGACUUCUUGGUCGGCGGGGCCGCCGGGGUGGCGCCCGGGGACGCCGGCUCCGGCUCCAGACCCAGACCCAGCUACCUGGCGGAGGAGGAGACGGACACGGACACGGACCCGUUCACGCCCAGCGGGGGGGGGGCCCUGCCGCUCUCCUCCACGGGGGAGGGCUUCGGCGACGCCGUGUGGAACAUGCCGCCCUGAGAGGCGUUCGCUCGGAAAAUCCACGACUCCCGAGAUAAGAACCUUGAAUCCAACCCACGCCUCUAAACCCAACUCGGUUUGGGUCAAAGCCACAGGAGGAGCGGUGGCUCUAAUCCACCUUUAUGCCGCGAGUUCGCAAGCGGCGACGUCGUCGGCAACGACGACGGUCAGAGGGCCAACGACGGUCAGAGGGCCAACGCCGAUGUCAUUCACCGACCGCCGCCCAGACGGACAGCCACGGCGUCGCGAAAAAGAGAAGAAAAAAACAGACAGUUUGUAAAGUAGAACUCUGUACAGCGCACUCUUCGCAAAAACCUAGCUAAGAAAAGACAAAAAAGAACAUUAAUACACGUACUAUAAACACCCAAAAGCUUUAUUGCUGCAAAGCCAACCGCACUGCAUGUGACGCAUGCGAUUUCUAGUGUAGACACUGCAAAGUUCAGGAUAUCAGGAAACGGAAAAAGCGAUUGAAUGGAUAUAUAUAGACAUAUAUAUAUAUUUACUUGCUAUGCCAUUUUGUAACACUUAUUUUUUUAUAUGAAUACAUUUUUAAGUUUUUUUUGCAUGGUUCGCAUGAUAAUGCACCUUCCGAGGGGCAGCGGUUAGAGGGCGAUAACGGAGCCAAUCGUCUCCCAUCUCUGUUUAUUGUGUGUGCCUGUGUGUGGUGUGUGGGUGUGUGUGGUGUGUGUGUGUGUGUGUGUGUGUGUGGUGUGUGUGUGUGUGUGUGUGUGUGUGUGUGUGUGUGUGUGUGUGUGUGUGUGUGUGUGUUGUCUCAUUUAACUACAUUUGUGGGGUCCAAAAGCCGGACCUACUACUGCUGUGGGGUCCGGACAGCUCUUUGGGGCCAAAAUGCUGGACCCUACAACUUUAAAGGUCUGUUUGAGGGUUAAGACUUGGUUUUAGGAUUAGGGUUAGAAUUAGGUUAAGGUUAGGGUGAGGAUUAGGGUUAAGGUUAGGAAUUUAGUUGAUGAUGGUUAAAGUUAGGGUAAGGGCUAGGGAAUGCAUUGUGUCAGUGAUGGGUCCCAUAAAGAUAGUGAAACGUGUGUGUGUGUGUGUGUGUGUGUGUGUGUGUUGUGUGUGUGUGUGUGUGUGUGUGUGUGUGUGUGUGUGUGUGUGUGUGUGUGAAUGACAGAGAGAAAGAGGGACUUGGAUAACAAAAACAUUGGUUAGUUGCUGACAGUCGGGUUUUUUUGUUGCUUUUCUCACGUUGUGCUGUCAACACCGUGGAUUGAGCCUCAUUUCUGUCCAGAAAGCAGAAUUUCUGAUCCUUGUUUUUCUGAUUUUUGUUUUCACAACACUGUGCUCUUGAGCUGUUUGUCACCCCCUUAUGCACAGCAACCUUUUACAGUUGAAAAAAAGAAGAAGAUGUUUUUAACCCUCGUGUUGUCUUCCCGUUGACCUGCAACUUUGUGUUUUUCUGGGUUGAAAUUUCAACAUUUUGUUCUUUUUCUACACUUUUCUCAACGUUUUUGUCAAUUUUAUUUCCUAUUUUAUUUUACUUUGUCACUUUUUCCAACGUUUUUGAUGUUAUUUGUCACUUUUUACGAUUUUUUUGGUCAUUUUUUCACUUGUUUUUUUUUUCCAGAUUUUUCAACGUAAAGUGCAACACGAGGGUUAAAAGAAUUCAAAAGAAUUUGAAAACACUAAAUCUCACUCUGCUGCUUUUUCGGCACAUGAAUUCAGGGAUACGGACUGUUUUUGGUUUACAAAGGUUUCUGAACAUCUUGACUGCUGAGUUCAGUUCAUCGCGACUCAAAAAGGAUUAAUCGAUUAGUUGUCAACAAUUAAAUUAAUCGCCAACUACUGUCAUAAUUGGGAUGAGUCGUUUUGUGGACACGAGUUAAUCUUCUCUGCUGUCAGCUUGUUAAAUGUCAAUAUAUAUAUUGUUCUAGUUUCUUCUCCCCUCUGUGACGGUAAACUGGAUAUCUUUGCGUUUCGGACAAAGCAUUUGGGAAUAAUCCACAGAUUAUUCAACAAUCGCGGCCCUUAAAAGAAUCUAAGGAUUCAUGUGAAACUAACUUAAAGGAAACGGUAUAUUACUGAUUAUUACAGAGGUCUAUAUACCAAACUCCAACACCUGGCACUUGCACACAAGUAACCCAAAUAAUAAAAUCUGCAUUUAAAGAAAUAUCCUGGAGUUCAGAUUUGGCCCAGAACAAGGAAAAGAAAGUAGAAAUGCUGGCGAGCGAUUGGUUGCGAAGGUCGACGUUUCUAAUUGUACAGACGUGGAAACGAGACGAGCCCGAGCUCCACUUACUGCGACAAAAAAGACGAUCACAACUCGGCCUGAACAGCGUUCACUGCUUUAGAUUUAGGGCCACAAUGAUACUGAAUGUAACAUCUGACAACCAACUAUAUCUGCACACAUGGAUUAUUACUUUCAGCAUGUUAAAGCACCUUCAGAGUCAGGGGAUUUUUCAAAGAGGGGCUUCCACACCAGGCUUCAACUGGCUUAAGCCUCUCUCCAACCAAGUCUACAGGACCAGUGCCCGUCCAAACAGUUCUGCCAAAGGCGUUCUUCCAUUAGGCUUAGGGAGAAUUUUUGUGUCCCUAACAAAAGCCAAAGGGACCUGACCCAGCGUCGCCUUUUGGACAUGAUGCGAGUGGGAAUGAGAGUUGGUGUUGUAACUGCUGCUUAAAAACGAGUUCAAAAACUUCAAAUUCGAGACCUUUAUUUGUCCCCGCAAGAAGUUAACAUGUAGUACAUGACAACAAAGACGACAACAUUGAUAAUAAAACAUUGAUAAAAAUACAGGAUCAGACCAGAUGGGGAAAUAACUACCACAACAUUAAAGGUUUAGGUGCAAGUGCCUUAUGUGCAGAUGUUACCUGCACAUAAGGCAUACUUGGACUCUACAGACGUUACCUGAACCUGGCCAAUGGGAGCGUAUUUCGGGGGGGGGGGGGGGGGGGGGGGGGUCUCUUGAAAUGAGCCCUACAAACAGCUCGGAUCGAAGCCUGGUGUGGACGCAGCGCCAGUCAAAUGAAAUGAACAAACACUUCUAAUUAGUAUUAUCUAUUUAUCCUCUUGUAUUACAGGUAUUUAUCUUCGGCUACGGAAGCCCAUUCAAUUCUAUAUUAUAAAGAGCAAAGGAUCAAACAUGAAUAGUCACCACAUGUAGAUCCAACACAAAGAUAAUAAUACAUCCCUGUAGACUUUCAUUCAUCGUGCCUCUGCAGCCGAGAACGACUCCACAUCGGCGUCCUGGAUUUAGUGUUUCACUUCAUCCCCGUACGCGCCAAACACACCACACAGGAUUUAGGAAGGUCACCUGUAGUGAUUUGACUUCUAUGGACUUCUCUUUUUUUUUUUAUAACUAGCACACGGUACAGUCUUGCUUUUGUAUAAAAUGUUGUUUUAUAGUUUCGUGAUGCUUAAAGCCCCCGAAGCACCAACCAGACGGCCGACACUCGGCAGAAAAAGGCAGUCGGACUAAUCCGUCGUGUGCGGGCACAACACAGUGGGUCUCCAUUUUUAUCAAGUCUUUUUUUUUGCUACCCUUUCGGUCAAAAUGUGAAAAUGAUCUGCCAAUCAGUUUGUGUAAUUCCCUUUGGAGUUUCUUGCUUGAUUGACAAAGAUCUGGCUCAUUGUUUUCGGUUCAUGCCGCUGAAACUAACGUUUUCCAAUGAUGGAAACUGAGUUGGCGAAAUUAUCUGACAUUUUGGCGGGAAAAACAAGAUUAUUUCUCCUGUUGUCCUCGGGUCAAGUUUGACCCAUUUUCAUAAGGUUUCUAUAUCAGAAAGGGGGCUUUCUUUCAACCAAAUUGUCAAAAGAAAUAACAUGGAUGGUUCCGGACGACGCUCUUGAGAAGUGAGUUAAAUGUUCAGCUCACUACUUUCAUUGAACGUGGGUGUUUUAGUCAAUUUUAUAGCAUUUGAAAAAAACAUCGACGACAGAAACGUCAGAAAAGGUGCAGAAACAAAUUGGCCAAAACAUCAGAAAAAGUGACAAAAUAAAACUGAUUAAAACAUCAAAACACAGGGAAAAGCCACAAAAGUUUCAAAAAAAGAAGACCAAAGUGUUGAAAACAGUUUAAAGGCAGCUAGCUAGCUAGCUAGCGGAUCAAGGACAGAUACCUGGCUAAAAGGAAAUUGCGCGGAAACCACGCAGGUCCCUUUAAAGCUCAUCAUCUGCCUUUUCAACAUGGAUGGAUAGUAGAAAAGUACUUUGAACAAACUUUUUGGGGGUCAGUUUUUGAUGUAAACAUUAACUUGGGUGCAUU